AUGUCUGACAGUUUUGAAAUAGAGAACAGUAUCCCUGUGAACAGAAGUCUGGAGGUUAUAUUCUUAACUCUCUUGUUUCUUUGUAAAUUUAGUUAUAAAUAGGCACAGCUAUUUUCAUAAAUAAAAAAGGAUAUAUAAAAAUACUUUAUAUAUAUUACAUUCAUUAAACUUUUCCCAGUAUUAUCACGAUUUAGAAUAGUGUAAAAUGGACAUGUAAUUCCAACUGAUUUUUAUUGACAUUUGAAAUAUAUUUAGUAUUCUUGAUUUUGACUUGUUUUUAUGUCAUAUCUAAAGUAUAAAUAUCUAUGUUAAUGCUAUUCUGUUUUGUAUACUUUCAGUUCUUAUGUCUUUAAGGUUAAAGAAUUAUCAUUUUAUUUAAUAAAGUGCUUAUAAAUGUAGUGUAAUUAGGAUUUUAUGCUUAAUAGUUAUUAUCUAUUAAUUCCUGUGGUUUAUGCAUAAUAAAUAUUAAUAAAUGCUUUUUUUAUUUUAAAAUUAUAGACUACUGCCACACCAUGAAGAUGAGUUUUUCUUUAUCUUCGCUUCAACCGCUAGGCCAUGGCUUAGAAAAGCAUGGCCAAGCGGGAAUAGCGAUUGAAAGGCCAUACAACAGUCUCACAAAAAAGAGGAAAGAUCCAAAACAAUUUCACAAUCAACGUUUAUGGACAAAUCGUGAGGAUUGCAAAGAUGAAUUUUGGGCAGCAAUACGAUCUAACUAUGAUUACAUUAUGGACACCAAUUUGAUAGAUAGUUGUAGAGAAGCUAAUGGUGAAUUAACGUGGGAUGAGACUGACGUAUCUACACAAUCAUGGAGUUUUAAGGAAGUUAGUAGUCAAUUUUCAGAAUUAUAUUCGUGGCUGAGGGUUCUGCAAGAAUUGGUUUACUGCAAAGAGGAAAAUUUAUUGGAUAAAAGCCUGCGUGCGGCUCACAUGGAGGAGCUGCGACGUAGGGCAUAUAGAAGAAAGUUGUUUAAUGAACAGGCUGGAAAAUUAGUGUCACGUGCCCCUGCUUUAAAAGAUGAAGUAGCGUGGCGUGUUGACCAUUUAAAUGCAAAAUGGGAAUUAGUUGAACAAAUUAUGGCACCUGUUGAGCGACCUGUAUCUAAUCAACAGGAUAUAUCGGCAGAUUUUGAACAUGAAGUAAAAUGUUUGAGGAAAUGGCUCCGCGAAAUGGAAUCCCGCCUUCAACCUUUGAGCUUUCAUGUAGAUUGGACGUUAGCAGAGCUCGAGGAAAAAGCAGUGGAGCAUAUGGUGAGUAACAUAAAAAUAGUAAUUAUAUAAUAUAAUUAUUAAAUAUAAAACAGUUAUAUAGCAUCGGGUAAUAUAUUAUACGUAAUAUACAUAAAUAUUUAUUUAAAACGUCGAUAAAAAAUUUUUGUGUCGAAGCAAAUAAAAAUAGAGUUCAGUAAUCCUUAAAUUAGGGUUACCAGUAUAUCCAAGCAGCAAGCACAGCGCGAACUGCGCGUUGUAUUGCACGUCAUUAACACGCUAAAUCAAUAUUACGAAUAUGUCGUUUCCGUUUAUAAGCCGGAUAUAACUCUUUAUUGUUAACGGAAACAGUCGACAACGCACACUUAAGCAGGCGUGUAGGAUAAAUGUUGGUAAUAGUAAGUAAUUACGUUCAGUAUGCUUGAAACAUACAUACCGGACGCAAAUUUAUCAAAAGCAAUUUUUGAGAAAGCGAACGAAGCUUAUUUUUGAAGCAAUCACAAUGAUUAAUUAAUUGAUAAUUAAUACCUGGAAUUCUCGUUGCAAUUUCUUGUCAAUAAUUUUGCCAUCUCGUCCAGAGAUAGUGGAGUAAGUUUUACUUUUGUCGCGACGGAACGAUAGUCGACUCACGUUCAGUUUCAGCACGAUUCUCUGUCGAGUCUGUGCUGUAUGAUCAGGUGGGCGUCGAGAACCCGACUCGUGUUAGUUCCAUAUCUUUCUACCGUGUUUUCUAUCUUCUUCUUUCGCUGCUUUCCUCCCUCCCCCCCUUAAUUGCAUCUCAACACAAAACAUGAUAUGUACUGGACCUCGUGAAUGCAAGCAUAACUACAGUAUUGUAUACUAUAGUGUAAUGAUGCUGCGAGUGUGUGUAAGAGUUUUUGAAUUUUUUUAUUUAUUACACAUUGUAUUGAGCUUGAAAGAGCAUUAUUUCAUUGUAUUUCAAAAUCGUGUUUCAAAUAUUAUAUUUAUAAUUUUCUGCCUUCGAUUUUUAUGUUCUUUAAGUGUAAAUUAUUACUAAUAAUCUGAAUCAGGCGUGACUAGCAUAAUAUAUUGUUCGAUGCAGUUUAAGAUUACUUCAUUUUAGAUAUAAAUGUAAGUUAUACAAUAAGAUCAUAUAACAUAGUUUUGAAAUUGUAAGCGAAUCAUUAUUGUAACAAUAUAUUGUAACAAUAAGGUACUGCGAAUGUCGAAGUUAAGAUAAGAAAUAAGAAUAUAAAUUUUAUUUAUUGCAAGUCAAACUAUGUUCUUAGAAGUAUAUAACUUCUAAUUUUAGUUCAAGGAUUCGUUAUAUCUACAUAUAAACGUGAUUGUUAUUCAUGCAAUCUUAAUAUUAUUUACUUAACAUAGGUAUUAAAUCUUACUGUUUGA